AUGUUCUUUCAAUUUUUUACGCAUUCUUCAGAACACUUUAGAAGAGACUGGCACGGUUUAGCGUUUUCGAAUCCAUUCACUUACGGCUACAGCGAGUUUUGCACUCUCUUUGACCUAUCUCUGCUGAAUUUUCCUAAUUUUGCUCAUCAUGAUGGCGCUCGCUUCGGACUCCAACGUUUUUCCCAGUCCCUUGAACUUCAGCAGUGCAUUACGUUGGAUGCCUUGAAAUUCUCUCAUGUGGCUUUGCAUAUAGUAUUUGCGACUGUCCUACUGCGUACAGAACACGGGAAGCCGGUAGACCACGCCUCUGGAGAGAUAGGAAAAGUGAUUCUGAAUCUUGACAGGCUCCUUCACAGUCUCUUGCAAAUUCAUGUGGAUGGCAAGGUUCGGUCCGAUUUGGAUUUGAAUGUCAGUACAACUGAUAUAUUAAAGACGACAGACGCUCUUUUUAACCCACUGAUUCUACUGGAAAUUGAAAGAGUCACUACUGUCAAGAUGGAAGAAAAGCCUGCACUAGAGGAGGAAAUUGACGGUUGGAAUUUCGUCCCCUCCUUGCAGUCCGCCUGGACAACCAGCCUUUUGUCACAUUUGCUUUCCUAUAAGUCUCUGCUGGAAGAGCAGGAGGGCACUGAUUUCUCUUUCCUCACAUUGCGCCAUAUUUCACACAGCCUCUUGGAGCUUCUCAUGCUUGGGAAGCAUACCCUAGCUGUCUGCCUGCAUACCUGUUUACUCGUUAUCGCUGAGAGGCCAGACUGGCAGGCUCGCCUUCUGAAAGAAAUUACGACGCAUGUCGUGGAGUGCCCGCAUGCAGAAGGCUCAACGGAAACACAUCUCGCAGACGAGUGCUUCGAGAUAGAGGCUGACUGCCUCCCCUGGGCUAAAGCGUUGUGCUUGGAGACCCUGCGAUUCACAGUAGCCGGUUGGCCAUUUGAUGCACUGUUUGAGGCCACGCGGGACGGUCAAGUCUGUGGCUAUAACUACAAUGCCGGUGACCUCCUAUUGCUCAAUGAACCGCGAGUCUUCCACGACCCCGGUGUUUGGUUUGGUGCCGCGGAGAGGCCGGCUGCUGAGGUUUACGACUCAAUAAGCAGUAUUUGUCACCCGCCACGUGCCUUCAUCUAUCGAUUGCUUUUGGCCGCACUGAUUGAAUUCUUUGGGAUGGGCUGGAAGGUUGAGGUGGGUGGCAAACUCUCCCGCCCCGAAAACCCAAAGGAUCCUUCUUGCCGGUUCCACGCCCUCGGGUGCGAAUUACCCCCCUUGACAUUAUUACGUCCAAGCUUGUAG